UGAACGUAAUUCAUCCGGUAAAAAAUUCCACACUUUGGCACCAAUGAAAGUUGUAGAUCGUUAUCUGCAUGCAUGACAGGGGUCAUUAUGGGUGACUGAGUAAGGGAAAAUUCCCUACUUCACUUUAAAUCGUGUUAAGUUGACGUUGUAUUAUAAUAACAAGGAAAUCUCUUUCACUUCUUUUCCUUGAGAUAUGAAAACAAACUUCGCUCAAUGUCUGUAGAGUUGACUUUCCUGUCAUGAUGCAGUGAUUCUUGUUCGCGGAAGAAAAGUAAGAGUUUUGUUUAGAAGAUAAAUGCUUCGUGACUCGACAAACAAGGAAACACCGCUAUAUUUGCUGAUCGAUAUUCCUGUUGCAACCGCCGCAAGGAGUCAGUUUCCACUCGGACAUCUAGAGCAAGGUAGUUGUGCUAGACUUCAGUUGUUAGACAUUUCCUCAGAAUCGAAUUCCGUUUAAGUUGCUGCCUUUUAUUACCUUUUAAAAAUUAUCUUCAUUGCCGCUUAAAAAAGUAACAUCCCGCUCUCUUUACAGAUUUUCAAGAGACUUUCAUCCGUCAGCCACUGAUGAAGCCAUCUCCAUUGUUGUUGCAAGCAAAGUAAAGUCAUAUCAGUGACAAAGAAUGGCCGGUGCUCCUGAACAUCGGGGAUAUCCCAGUUUUGAGGCUUUGCAACCUCUUUAUCGACUCACUGAAGCUGACAUUCAUAGUCGUUAUCUUCCCGAUGAUAUUGGAACAAGGUGGAAAGAUUUGGCUCGAAAGCUUGGUUUCAAAGAGGCAUUUAUUGAUGCCAUUAAGAGUGAAAAAGACUCCAACAAGGAAUGUUGCAUCGCCCUUUUGGUAAAGUGGAUGGAGACAGAGGGAGAACAAGGAACUUGUGAAAAGUUAGCAACGGCAUUGGCAAAUAUAGGACUUCAAAACUUGGCUGAAAGAYUGACUGGUAUGUGGUUAGGACUUCGCAAGGAUUUGAAGAACUCUGUUAAUGCCACCAUCCAGAUUUCCGUAAACACACCCGAGGAAACAAAAAUCAUCAAAACAUCAGAAGUGAAAGAUCUCGACAUUUCCGCGGAACUCAAAAGUUUGCAAGAAAAGCUUUCAAACAUAAUACGUAAUCUCGAAAUGGGCGAGCUGAAAGAAGAAUCUUUCCCAAUUCAAAACAAGGUAGAUUUACUGAACAGGCAGAGUAGAACCCUGCAAGAACUUUACACUAAAGUCACUGGCAUGACAGGUGAAGCUUGUAAGUGCGAUGAAUUAGUGAGAAGAAACUUCUACGACUUCACGUACCACAGUUUAAGAGCCGUACAUAAUGAUCUGCGUGCACGAGCUGCGGACCUACAAUCAGCAGAACCGACCCUGAAAGAGGAGGAGAAAGAAACACUACGAAAAAUAUUGUCAUACCAAAAAGGUAGAGAAAAGCAAGUCGAGCAUUUGGAGAAGUUAUGGAUUGGGCUUUUCACUCCGAUGAAACCACCUUUGCAGAAAUCUCAGUCGUCACCACCCGUGAGGGAACUCGGUAAACCACCUAGUGAUGCGAAGGUAAUUAACUAGAAUUAAAAUCAUUUUUGAUUUCUUCCCGAGAAGACGAGAAAUAUACUUUUAAAACAGAUAGUUAACAUAACUUCAAAUUCAUUCUUGGACUUAACUGCGCAGUGGUUUUAGCAAGAGGUUGACAGAGGCUAGAGGCAAACAUAGCUAGGCGCUGAACAAGCCUAAUAUCUGAGAGUUCAUGGAAAAAGUAAAGGUCGAUCUGCUGUCAAACUUAAGUAAAAUCAAACUUGGCUCAUAUGAAAAAAUAA